AUUACACAGAGUAUUUUGAAUAAUUAUUACUAGAUUACUAGAUUACUCGCUAGCUAGUAAACAUUUUAAACCGCGGUUUAUUGAUGAAAAAGAAAAAGAGGAUUCAGUUAUAUUAAAGCUACAGGAAACAGCAAUGGCCUUUAGUGAAGUUUGUAGAAUUUGUUUAUGCGUUAAUUUACGCAUGUUUGUACUAAAGAAGACUGGUCUAAAAAAUUUGUACAAAACAUUGACGAACACUUUUAUGGAUGAGGACGAGGAGCCUAUAAUUGUUUGUUUCACUUGUCACGCAAGACUCAAUCGUUGCAAAAGUUUACAACAACAGGCUAUUGCGUCAAAUGCAGUUCUGGAGCAGUUGCUUGCAGGAGGGUCCAUGGUAUUAUCUAUUCCAUCCAUUAAAACCUAUAAAAUUCCACUGCUGAAUGUAGGCUCUCUCCUCAUAUUUUUUUUUAUAUAGGAUAAGGGUGACAAACAAGCACACAGUCCACCUGAUGGUAAGUGCUUGCUGUGGCUCAUAGACAUCUACGUCUAUCCUCGAUUUCGAAUCAAAAUGCAGAUGCAUUGUCACCUGUGAAGUCUAAAAUGGAAUGCCUUGUUUCCAGUAAAAAGGGGUCUCCGGUUCUCUACACUCACCAUACGAAACACAGCAGUGUUAAUCUGUUAUUUUACACUGGUAUUCUAUGAGGGCGUGGUCCUUCCCCAGUUGAGCCCACCCAUUCGUGCUACAACUAAUACCAGUAAUAUAGCUGUAGCAUGGCUCUGCCACGUAAAAACUAUUUUGAUUGCUCCAUAGGAGGGAUUUUGACAAAUUUGAUUGGCAACGGCAGCUUAUAUUGAUCUGAGUUGUUGUCAGUAAGAUGCUGCUGCCCAACUUCUAUUUCAGUUUCCCUCUGUCCCUUUUUACGACAUCUGCAGGAUUGUAUGUGGUAGUAUGUAUUCUACUACGCCACCAAUACACUGACUUUUUUCUUAUUUAAAAAAAGAAUUUGGUUUCAGUCAAUACCAAAACCGCAUGAACCUAAAUAUGAGAUUCAAUUCACACCAAUUUGUCAUAUAGAUAUCAGGCCAGUUGAGUGUGACACUGAAAAUGAUUGUAAUGACGAAAUUUUUAGCCUUGAAUCUGUUAAAGUUGAAGAAGAGAAUAUCAAAGAUGAGAAUUCCAAAUUUGAAGAAAAUGGGAAUCAUGAAACAGAACAACACUGCAUACAAACAAAUGCAUCAAAUUCUAUUAAUUGUAACAUAAACGAUGUUCGUAAAGAAAGCCUGAAAGUAGAUAGUCAACCAUUUAUUAAUAAAGGAAAUCAUCCUGCAAAGAUUAUGAAAAAGAAAAUUUUGCAACAAAAGAGUGUAAAUAUACUUACAAGAAAAUCAUCAGGGGCAUCAACAAAAGACAUUCUCGCCAAACUCAUUUCACGCAGUCAUAAGACGCAAAAGAACUCAGACAUCACUGCGAUUCGGACACAAGUUGAACAAACUCCAGUAGCACAACUAACGGAAAUAUUUAAUUGUGAUAUUUGCGAAUUUAAAACAUCUCGUAAACGUAACAUUUUGGCACAUUAUAAAGCACACGUUGCUAAACAAGUGUUCUGUUGUAAUAAUUGUAAUUAUAAAUGUACAAAGAAAAAAUAUAUGAUAUACCAUAUGAAAAUACAUACCGGAGAAAAACCUUUUUCGUGUAAUGUCUGUGAAUAUAAAUGUAUUCAAAAAAGUACAUUGCAAAUACAUAUGAAAAUACAUACUGGAGAAAAACCUUUUGCGUGUAACAUCUGUAAAUAUAAAUGUAUUAGAAAAGGUGAUUUGCAAUCACAUAUGAAAAUACAUACAGGAGAAAAACCUUUUCCGUGUAAUAUCUGUGAAUAUAAAAGUAGUAGAAAAAGUUAUUUGCAAACACAUAUGAAAUUACAUACUGGAGAAAAACCUUUUUCGUGUAAUAUCUGUGGAUAUAAAAGUAUUAGAAAAGGUGAUUUGCAAUAUCAUAUGAAAACACAUACCGGAGAAAAACCUUAUUCGUGUCGUAUCUGUGAAUUUAGAUGUAUAAGAAAAAGUAGUUUGAAUAAUCAUAUGAAGAUACACACUAAAGAAAAAUCUUUUUCGUGAAACAUCUGGUAAAAUGUGUGCAUAUUAUGUAAAUAUUAAAGUGCACCAUAUAAAAAUCUAUUUUUUAUGAAUUUCUUAUCAAAUUAUAUAACGAGUAGAAAACCCAUCUGUGCCUAAUGUGCCCGCCCUUAUGUGCUAAUUGAAACUGCAUUUAUUCUUAAUAAUUCAAAAACAAAUAUAUAACAAUACUUUAAAAUAUGAACGAAAUGAGGUUAGUGGAAACAGACCAGACAUUCAUGUUUUUAAAGGAUAGCUUAUGUUUUUCUUUUCGACGUUUAUCGUUACCGUUACUGCCUAUAAAAGUUCUCUGCUGGACAUAGGCUUCCCACAUGAUUUGCUCAUGCUCACCCAAAUUUAAUUUAAGUUGUUAUUAGGAGACGCUGCUGUCUUCCUCCUGGUUUAUUUUCCUCCGUCUCCUCUUUAGACACCCACGGGACGAUAUGGGCAGUGGAUAUUUCUACACCGCCACUACAACUUAUCUUCACGCACAAUCCCUGACGGGGUAGCCAGAGAGAACAGAUCGCCAAGUGUCACGAUCCUUACAUACCUCUUUCGCUUCUUUCAGAUUCAUUAUCUUCUUCAUGCAUGCACGUCUAAGUAUCCGAGUACUUUUGACCCUACCCUCUUCGAGCAAUUUGCUCACAUGGUCUUCGAAAGUUAGUCACCUUUUAAUAUUAACUUUCGCGCUAUAUAUUUUCUUCACCAUUCGGUCUUCACUCAUUCGCUCAACGUGCCCAAACCACCGAAGCACGCCCUUAUCAAUUUUUGUGAUAAGGUCAUCUUUCAAACCUGCCAUAUUGCGAAUCUCUUCGUUUCGCUUUCGGUCGGCCAUUCGCUACGCCUUGCCUUUUGACUAACGCAGCCAGGGCACCAUUGACUUUGUUCCCGGCAGCGACACGCCUGUCCACAUCUAAAUCACAUCUUCCAUCCCGACUAAAAGCACUCCCCAAGUAUACAAUUUCAUUUACCUGUUCUAGACAUUCCUGAUUUACCCAUAUUUCACACUUCGUUCUCUCUUCGUCCCUUUCAAAUACUAAUGGUAUUUGAAAGGGACUGCCACUACAAGAUUAAUUUAAUUUUUAUUAAUUAUUAUUUUUCUGCCGACUUCCAAAAAGGAGACGGUACUCCGUUCGACUUUUUUUUAUGUGUGUUACCUUAUAAGUUUUUACUGGGUGAACCGAUUUCAUUCUUUUUUUAUUCGAAAGCUGGUACUUCUCGUGUGGUCCCAUAUGAAUUUGAUCAAGGUCAGACCAAUAGUUUUAGAGUUCUUCUUAAUAAUUUAUCCGAACAAAAACAGUUUUACUGUAAAACAUCGCGCCAAGUACACUUUCAACUAUAGUUACCAAAAUGAUAAUUACAUUUUCACAAAAAUUUAUAAAAUAAAAAAACCAAGUACAUUACCGUUUCAGAUUCGAAAAAAAAUUUUGCUGAAAAAAGUAAUAAUAAAAAAAUGUGUAUUUGGUAUUCAUAUCUCUUUGUAAAGUACACAAUUUUUUUUUCAAAUAUCGCACUAAAGAUGAGACGUAUUUACGCUACCAGGUUUUAAAACCAGGUAUUCACUUCAAAGUACUGCAAAGGUACGAGCAAAAAAUACUUGCAAGUAUGAAAAUACUUGCAUAGGAAAAUUAUCCAUAUCUCAAUAGUAGUAAGGAACUCUAUCGUAUUUGUGAACGAAAAAUACUUAGCCCUUCAAAGUAUUUUUUUUAUUUAUUCGAAUUUGCUCCUUAUUCAUAGUAGGAUAACAUGGAAUACGGGUGAAAUUCCUAUGCAAGUAUUUUAAAAUUUUGACACCACGGCUAGACACGUCCCUCGCGUCGCAAUGACACGUAUUUACGCUACCAGGUUUUUAAAGUACGGCGCCCUUUUACGACCAAAAAUACUUGCAAGUAUGAGAAUACUUGCAUAGGAAAAUGAUCCAUAUCUCAAUAGUAAUAAGAAACUCAAUCGUAUUUGUGAAUGAAAAAUACUUUGAACUUCAAAGUAUUUUUUUUAUUUAUACGACUUUGCUCCUUGGCCAUAAUAGCCUAACAUGGAAAGCGGGUCGAAUUCCUUUGCAAGUAUUCUUCCUUAUAUAUUACUAUACUCUUUGCAAGUAUUUUCAAACUGACACCGCGGCUGGACACGUUGCGUAAGUACCUAGUAAGUAAUAAGAAUUAUAUUUAUAUUCGAGGAAGUAAAAGUUUUGUUUCGAUUUCUUGUAAAUUCAAUUGUUAUUGUGAACUGAUUACGUAACCUACUGACCGUGACCUAAUUUUUAAAUAGUUAUUUCGCGUGUAUAUUGAAUUUAGAGACAGUUUUAAAACUUUUAUUUAAUAAAGAGUCCUAAGCCGAAAAGUAGGAAGGAAAGAUUUCAAUUCGUUACCAAAAAAAAUUUAAAAACGUUCAGUAUAAAUUUUUGCCCGAAUAAAAUUAGGCAUUCAUAUAUAUAUAUAUAUAUAUUGACAUUAACAAAUACUUUCAAGUAUUUUUAAAACCUGGUUUUCGACCCUGGUAUUUUUCCAUACUCGUACUUAGAAGCCCUGGUAUUAAAUUUUGCAAGUAUGUCUCAUCUCUAUAUCGCACACCUCAUACCGCGAAGCAGUUGAGGUUGUGCUUUACUCGCAACACAUUAAGGUCAAGAAAUUAACUACCUCUACAACAACUGAUUUGCACUCAUACGAUAAUAUGAGUAGAUUUAUUUCAAGAAAAUUUAAUCAGUCUAGGUAUCUCAUAUUUUGUAUAAAUCAAUUUUAUUUUGCUUCUUUAAGAAAACUGAAAAAAAAAUUCUUGGACGUCCGGAUUUUUUACGUGGUCACUCAUAACUCUUGAAACAUUUAACGUAUCGAGACCGGGCUUUGUUUAUUAUUUUAAGAAUUAUAUUAAAUAGGUACUUAUUUCAUAACAAUAGUGAUGUUUUUUUAUAGAAAGAAGUCUCCGUUCAUUCUUCUUUAUAUUAUAAUAACCCUUUUUAUACAAACUUAGUUUAAUAAAGUUUUUGAAAUUUGAGCAGGUCAAAUUCAGUAUAUUUUAACAAUUCCAGUUGUUGUAAAAGAGUAUACAUCGUCCCAAGAAUGAAUUACUGACUCGGUGGAGUUGAGUAACUAGAACGUAACUAGACUAAGUAUAAUCUACUAUAGUAAAAUUAUUUUGUCCGUACCUCGAGCACGAAUAAUAAACAAUUGCGUCAAGAAUUCGUAUAGAGUCAACUAAGCGAAAACUUUUACGAAACUGUCACUAAAGUCGUCGGCAGCACGAACGCUUAUCUUUUAUUCAAGUGUACUCGAUACUAUAUUGUAACUAAAUGUAAACAAAGCUUAGAACUCAAUAUUAAAACGAACGAAUGAAAAUGAAUGAUACGUUUAUAAAUUGCUAUCAUUGUAUUUGUGGAGUCUUUUAUAGUGCGUAAAAAUAAGAAAACGUGAUGAAAAUUAUUAAUAAUAGUGUUAAUUAAUGUAAAACAGUUAUUUGACAAAACACUAUUUAUAUAAUUAUAUAUGGAGAAACUUUUUUUAUGUUUAUAAAACUAUGUUUCACCUCUUAUGAAUUGUGAUUUCCGAACGCGGAUUACUUAAGAUAAACACUUGAAUUCGCUCCGCUUCGUGUUGUUUUAGUAGUUUUGUGUUUUGAAUUUGUUUUAGUUAAUUUCUGCUAAAUGUCGUCAAGAACUAGCCACACACACUUUACAAUAAUGGUAGAGUUAAUGGAAAAGUAAGUACUUAACUAUAUUGAGACAACAGUUUUGAUUGUAGUCUAUAUGUUCAUUGUAUAUUGAUACUGAUUUAUUCUGUUAAGUAAUGAAUAUUGUUUGUUUCCAAGGAACGGUGAUUUAUCGAAACCACAGAACGACGACAGUGGUGUAUUAUAAAGUGCAAGGAGCUAUGUGAUUUAGUUAACAGCCAAGGAAUCGGAGUCUCACAACGAAGAAAAGUAGAAUAAUCUGACAGAAUUAAUAAAACAGUAUUCUAUACUCGCAAAGCCACAAACAGAAAAUUUAAUAAUUUUACCAUCUGAAAUUCCCGCUAUAGAUGAUGAGGACUGGAACACUCCUGGCGGUAGCAAGGAUCCAGUACUUAUACCUCCAUCCAAUCCCAGAUUCCUAACAAUAACCAGAUCCCAAACACCUCCAAAAUCUACCACACCGCCGAAAUCUCUAAUUGCCCUCCACGGGCAACCCACCCCACAACAAGCCAAAAAGAAACCACUUAGAUCAUUAGAAGAAUAUUUUUUUGAGUGAGGAGAAUAUAAGGAAUGAUAAUAAGGAAAGUUAGGGAUUUGUAUAAUUAGAACGAGAGAGGAUACUACAGAGCACUUUGUCAACAUGAUACUGAGCUGAAGUGCAAGCUCAGUGUAAUAAUGUAUAAAUAAUAAUAAUUGUACAUGUUUUUAAUAAAAUGUCUCAUUGAAAUUUUG